AUGACUAUCAUAUCUUCGGCUUUCCUGAAACAGUUAUGGCUCACGUUUGGCGCAUCUCUGGCCUUUCUAAUCAUCGGCUUGGUGAGGGGUUACUCUGCGUCCGCUAUACCAUCAAUUGAGAGUAACGAUCCCUCGCUUAUCCAGCUCAGCGAACAGAAGUCAUGGAUAGGAGCAAUACCACCGUUGGGUGCAUUCGUUGGAAGCAUGCUGGCAGGACCCCUGAUGCAGAGAGCAGGUCGCAAGCGAACACUGCAAUUGGCUGCACCACUAUGGGGGGGAGGCUGGUUAUUGUUGGGGUUCGCACCUAAUUUUGCUCUCAUUCUCGUAGGCAGAAUUUUGUCAGGUCUCUGCGUUGGCUUCGUUUUAGCUCCAGCACAAGUUUAUGUUAGUGAAUGCUGCGAUCCAGAAAUCCGCGGCAGGUUGGGCUCUCUACCGACACUAUCCAUGUCUCUAGGCAUUCUAAUCUCAUACAUUGCAGGCAAUUGGCUCUACUGGAGACAUCUUGCUUUCCUCUCAGCUACAUUUUGCGCUGCAUUAUUUCUCAUCCUUUUACCAUUGCCGGAGUCUCCGGUAUGGUUAAAGUCCCGUGGUCUUGAUGCCGAACCAGCUGUCAAGUGGUUGCAGCUCUCCAGUCGUGCAGUUGCCACUGUAAAGGAUGAAGAGGUGCACCAAGAGAAAGUUUCUGAUUUAGAACCAAAAAGUUUCUACACGCGUGAAGUUUUCUUUUCAUCAGCAGUGAUGAAACCACUCAUUGUUGGUUUCGCACUCCUCAUUUUCCAGCAGUUCACUGGUAUCGACGCCGUCAUAUUUUUUACUGUGGAAAUAUUCCAAAGUGCAGGAAGCAAGUUAGAUGCUAUGACAGCUACGAUAAUAAUUGGCCUGGUACAGCUUUUAAGCAACGGAGUGAGCACCAUGCUGGUCGACAGAGCAGGACGGCGACCGUUGCUGCUGCUGUCAGCGGUUAUAAUGUGCUUCUCGAUGGGAGCAAUGGGGGCCGCUUUCUAUUUGAAAUUCGGAUCAGAAUCAUGGCUUGGAUAUUUACCCAUAAUCAGUCUGGUAGUGUUCAUGCUCGGGUUCUCCCUUGGUUUUGGCGGCUUACCGUUUCUUCUCCUCGGUGAACUAUUUCCCUCACAUUACCGCUCUCAGCUCUCGGCCAUGGCGAGUGCAGUGAAUCUUAUCUCUAUGUUCGCUGUUAUCAAGUCGUUCCAUGCCUUAGAGGCUGUGCUGACAUCAGCCGGUACGUUUUGGAUGUAUACCUGUUUUUGCGCUCUGGCGUUCUUUUUUGUCCUCUUCAUGGUCCCCGAGACGAAAGGAAAGUCGCUGGCAGAAAUAGAAGAACACUUCCGUGGCAAAAAGAAACAGAAGGAAGUAGUUGAUUUGCAAAAGAUAUCGUAG